AUGCGAUCCUUCCUUACUGCUGCAACAGCACUUCUUUCUUUGGCUAGCUCUUCGCAGGCCAUUCCUCAAAAUAAUGGUGGAUAUGAUGGAGGGUAUGGUGGUUAUGGAAGUCAACAAUCAUCAUCGUCGUCAUCAUCGAUAGCUGCUGCUACACCAUUAGUAGCAUCGUCAACCGGUUCUGUAUCCGUCACUGAAGAAGCAACAUCAACGGGCACAGUCGUCUGUAAUAACUCUCCAGAACUAUGCAAUCGAAACUAUAACAACAUAACGCACAUGGGAGCCCACGAUUCGGCAUUCCUUAGAGACCAAACAACGGGGUUUUCAACAUCCGGAAAUCAAUUUUAUAACGUCACAGUUGCUUUGUCAGCAGGUAUUCGAUUACUUCAAGCACAGGUUCAUAACUCGAACGGAACAUUAGAGCUAUGCCACACAUCUUGUCUACUUCUUGAUGGAGGUAGUCUUGAGGCCUUCCUUGCCGAAAUCAAAACCUGGAUGGAUGCCAAUACUAAUGAAGUUGUCACUCUCAUUCUCGUCAAUUCCGACGAUGAAUCAGUCGCCACCUUUGGAUCCGCCUUCUCAUCCUCUGGUAUCGAUACCUAUGGCUAUACACCUACUUCUACCACCUCACCUAUCGCUACUUGGCCGACUCUUCAAACUCUCAUCACCGCAAACACCAGAUUGAUUACUUUCAUCGCAAGCAUUGAUUAUGAUUCUAAUUAUCCAUACCUCCUUCCAGAAUUCACAUAUGUCUUCGAAACCUACUUUGGAGUUCUCUCUCUGGAUGCAUUUAACUGUACCUUGCAACGUCCCACCUCGAUCGAUUCCGCUUCAGCCGCCGUUUCAUCCAGUUACAUGGGUCUCAUAAAUCAUUUCGCCGACACAGCCCAGUCAUUUGGUAUCACAAUUCCAGAUGUAGGGAACAUCACUACAACAAACUCAGCAUCUACAAAUACGACAGGAGCAUUGGGAACUCAGGCGGAGCAAUGUAAGAGUGAGUGGGGCAUUAAACCAACUUUCAUAUUGGUAGAUUUUUUCAAUGUGGGGCCCAGUAUCGACACAGCGGAUAUCAUGAACGGAAUUUAUGGAGAAACGACAGGAAGGACGGAUGUUAGUGCGAGUGUUUUGACCGCUAGUAGUGAUUCCAGUAGCGGUGCUAGCUCGCUGGUUUUUGGCUUGUGGAGGAAUUGGGAAUGCAUGUGGAUUAUGAUUGGAAUAGUUGCAGUGGGAAACUGGGUCUGGUUAUGA